UCUUGUUGGUUGUCAGAAUGGUUCGUCCGGAUACACCAAUUCUUUUCCUCCUGGUGGGGUCUCUGCUGCUGACAUGCUCGCUGCAGUUUGCUCGGGCCAUUGUCUGCUACCAUUGCGACUCGAUUGCCUUGCCCGAGUGCGCCCAGACCCUGGGUGAGGUCGGGGUCUUGCCCUACGAGGAUUGCAACAACCAGCUGUCGUGUGCCAUGUCAAUUGUCGAUACAAUUACUUAUCGUGGCUGUGGCUCGGAUACCCCCACCACGGGGGCCACCUACUCAAAGAGCUGCUCCUCGAACCUCUGCAACGCUGGUGUCUAUCCUCCUGGGCGCUUGAAGUGUCAUCAUUGUGCGGGUGUGGAUUGUGUGGGGGCACCUGGUGCCAAGCCAAAGCCAUGCCGCUACCAUCACGAGGAGGAUCAGUGCUACACCGAGGUGCUGAGUGCCACCGAGGCAUAUCGCGGCUGUGUCUCGGAGGGCAAUCACACCGUCUCGAGUGCCGCCAAGCUGUGCGAGUACAAUGGCUGCAACGAUGAGCAGGGAGCCUGGACACAGACCUGUGCCACCUGCGACUCGGCCAGCGGGCGGGGCUGCAAGAUGGAUCUCUUUCAGGUGAACAGCGGCCGCUGCAAUGUCAGUCUGUACGAGGAGUGCCAGCAGGAUGUGCUGCUCGGCCAGGAGGAGGACAAAUUCUGUUUCAGCUAUCGCAAGUUGAGUCGCGUCGUCAGAGGCUGCUCCACCGCACUGCCAGCGGAGCUGGAGCCACUCCAAGACGAGCUGGAGAAGUGCCGAACGGAAGACAAGUGCAAUGCCGGCUGUACUCCCCAGCAGCGGUGCUUGACCUGCAACUCCGUGGAUCAGGUUGCGUGCCGCAGCAAUGUGACGGCGGUAACCAACAGCACGUGUGGCUCUGCGGAGGCCUCCUCCUGCUUUGCCUGCGAGUACUCCGACUGGAAUAUACGCAGGGGAUGCGGUGCACCGCCCACUGAUGCGGGCAUCCUCAAUUGCUAUGAAUGCGAUGCGGACGGAGGCUGCAACAGUCGCGACUUUACGCGCUGCUAUCGCUGCAGCUCGGAUCAGGCGGGAGCGGCCUGCGCCAACUGGGAGCGACCCAGUGGCAUAUACAUCGAGGAAUGUGCCCAACCGGGAGCACCGUGUGUCGUCCUAACCCAUAGCAAUGGCACCACCGAAAGAGGCUGCCAGCGAGAGGAUUUCAGCUGCACUUCGACGAGCAACUCUGCCUGCAAGAGCUGCACCGGCAGCUUCUGCAACAAGGGAGCCUUUCCGGAGCAGCGUCUCUGGUGUCAUCAGUGCACAGGCCAGCAGGCAGACUGUGAGCAAAUCUCUCGCGGCUCCAAUGCAAUUCCAUGUCCCGUGCAGCCCAACGAACCGGAGGAGCAGGCGGAAGCUUGUCUGGAAUACUACGAUACACACAAGCAGCUGGUGGUGCGUGGCUGUCGCUCCAAUCCCCAGAUGUACUACGAGUGCCUGCUGCGAAGUGGCCACGAAGACGGUUGCCGGCUGUGCCACAAUCAUGCGUGCAAUUCGAGCCCCGGGGAGGAUCUGCGUGCGGACUCCAAACUGGAAAGCAGAGCCCUAGAGCUGAUCAUGGCCAAGAGUUCGUCGUCGUUUACUUCAACUCCAACUUUUGUGGUGUGUGUAAUUUGGUCAUUUGUUAGCAUAAUCUAUAUUGUAACUGCACGAAACUAAACUAAUAAAGAGCCUCGCAGCGUUUCCAUUCCA